AGCGCAUCAGCCCCUCGAAAACCAAGCACAAAAGAAACAACGAGAUAGACGACGACGUCGCGGCGUGUGCGUUCCGCACCCCACCCAGUUCCAAUACAGACCUCAUCUUUUCCAGCACUCAUCAACGUAGAUUUUUUCUGUUUUUUUUUCCCCUGCUUCUGAUACAUAUAAUUGCUGGGUAUAUAUAUAUAUAUAUAUAUAUAUAUAUGUUUGUUUUUUUACGAUCAUUACUUUUUCUUUUGUUUGCCCUCGUUUUUACUAACGGUAUUGUUGAUCUCUUUAUCCAAUUUCGUGGUCUAGCUGUGCACAGUACAGGCAAAUCAUAUUUUUCCUUCUCGCUCUCACGUUGUUUUCUGCGUUGCCGUUGCUGUUCUCUUCACUGGGGUGGACGGUCACCAUCUAUCUCGCAACCAUAUAUGUAUGCCGACAUCAAGGGAAAGAAGUAGGAAACUGGCAGCUGCAGCUCCUCUCAGGACACUUUCGCAGGUGUUGUUGUCGUGUGCAACUUUAUUGUUUCGUUUUUUGCCGUAUUUCCCUUGUGCUGUCAAGCGUUGCUAUUGGUUGAGUUCCUUCGUUUUCUGCUUGACAGCAUCGCCGCGAGCCCAACAUCUACGAUAAUGCCUACGGCGACUCCGUUUUUGCCGCCGUUGUCGCCUCGCUUCAACGGCAUGGCGGCGCAGCCCGUCGACGAUAUCAAGCUACAAUUUGCUAUGGAAGAAGUUCGAAAGCGUUUUUCCACCGUCAGUACGUCGGAGAUGCUCGAGGUGCUGCAUCUUCUCCUCACCGACAAACGGAUCCUGCAGUGCGAGGAGGCGAGCAACAGCGCGCGGCUGGACGGGAAAGCGCCGCAAGACGGAAAUGCGGAGCUAAAUGGAGUUCCUGAGCAGCACCGCAAAACCCCAAGGACGCUGGCCCAGCUGCAAUCUAGCGCGAACUCGUCCGUCACGGCAAGUGAGUUGAGUCCGCGCGACUGGGGCUCCAUGGUGCUGGAGAACAGCGAGGGGACGCUACACGGCUCGCUCCUGGUGUCGCGCUUAAAUCGCGAGUGGAAGAGCACCAUUACGCUCCUCCUCGACAACGCGCGGCAGUUCCGCCAACCGGACAACGAGAACCACACGGUGGCACAGCUGGUGCAGGCGUCGAUCACGGAGUGGUUUAUCCGCACCGGUGGGGCAGCAUCCCAUCCUCCAGAAUUGCCGACCGACGUCCGCCGCGGCCGACCGGACGCGGAGGUGUGGCUGAGUACCAUGGCCAAGGUUCGCCGCCUCGCGGAAGACGCCUGCUACCAAAAAUACGAGCUACAAUACACCCAGCUGCAAAAGGAGGCAGAAAACGACAACGAGGACGGCACCAGUGCGGCGGUGCACACACCGUACGACGACGACAGCGCCAUGUCACCGCCGUCUGGUAUGGCGCGACGCUCCACGCACCGCAGCACCACCGCAGCAGGGAACGUCGGCAUUCCGCCGUUUUCGCUGGUGAUUCAGUGCAGUGGACCGCCGAAGCGGGUGGCGGCGACUACGCCUGACGUCGCAGAUGCGAAGGUGGACGGGCAGACGAACGCGGAAGAGGAAGUGGAGGCGAACGGAAGCACCACGUGUCUUGUGAUUGGCUGUGAGUGGUUUCAGUGGGUUUUUCUAGUCCAGUGUCCGGUGGCGUGCCAGAGCGAGCCGUACCCGGUGCUCGGCGACAGCAGCACGGCGGCUGAGGCGACAGCGGCUCGACUGGCGCAGCGGCGGUGGCGGCGGCGACACUGCACGGUGCAACUGCUCUACCCGUCCGAGGCUGGCUUCUCAGCGUCACCUGACAGCGCGUCUGACCUGCGCUCUGCCGACGCCGAGUAUGAGCUAAGCGAACCGCAGGUUGUGCUGUCGUCUCUGUUGGGCGUGGCGAUGCGGGUUUGGUGUCAGAGCCAGCCGCACCUCGUGGCGGAGGUCUUUCAGCUGGAGGAGGACACCUAUCCGCAGCAUCUCUACGAUGGAACAUCGUUUUGGUCCAUGUGGCCCAUCCGCGACCUCAACACGUGGCAGCAGUGCGAAAGCGCCAGUUCAAGCGACUCCAUGCCGAUCCCGCUGCUGCCAGGAGAGUGCUUCGCCCACGACUCGGAUCUCGACGAAGACGACGAGGAUGAGGGCAGUGAGCACGCGGAUUGA